GACACAUUUGCUAAUCUAAUCGCUCCAAAGGCUCGGAUCAUUCGGUUCACCGCUUUGCCAUUCGGUCGGAUGUGUUACGCUGUCACCCAAAACUUUCCCGUUUUCUCCCAACAAUUCGUUCCCAUUUGAAAUUCAAAAUAUUCAGCUCAUUCGGUUUGCGAAAAAUAUUCACCACUCCCACGUUUCCCCCACCUGGCCCAAAGUCCGCCUCGCUUCACCUCAUCCCAAACUAGGAAAGAUGAUUACCCUUCAAUAUCAUUUCACUUCAGUCAAUGUCAUUCAAGGUCAUUCCAGAUCACUCAAUACACUCCACGGGCAUCGUUCAAAAACCAUUGCACACGUUGCAAAAUGUUUUCAGUCAGCACUGCGGCAUUCGCACGCAAUUUCUCUUGAAAUGGCUUCAUCUGGUGAAAAAAAAGGAAAGCAGAGAAGAAAAAGUUUGUUGCUGCGAGACGGGCGGGUCGAUAAGUCGCCGCGUUUUCCCCUCGGUGGCGUGACACGGUAGCGUCCAAGUAUUGUAAACAUCGCAUAUCACUCAAUCCUUCCGUGCGCCAAGUCGGAGGCCCCGCCCCCUGGGCCGUCCCUCGCCGGGCCGUGAUAUUAAUAGCAACACCGGCUUGUCUCGGGAGACAGACCUGUUUGCAGGCGCUCCAGGCACACACACACACACACACACACACGCACACACACGCACGCACGCGCGCGCGCGCAGACAGUCGGCCCCCGCCGCCAGGGCUCGUCUUCGCCCCACACCUGCUCAGCAAGCAGCCGGGCGAGAAUGAAACUGGAAGUUUUCUCCGCGCUGCACUUCGCUCACAAGCCGCUGGAGUUGUGCGCCGGCGCCGACGCCGACGCCGACUCGGGGGUCCCGUCUCCUCUGUCCGGAGACGAGCUGGGAUCGGACGGGGACUGCGCGGCCAACAGCCCGCCGCCCGCGGCGCCGGGCGCGGCGGACCCCGGCAAGGGCAAGCCCUACACGCGCAGACCCAAGCCUCCCUACUCGUACAUCGCCCUCAUCGCCAUGGCCAUCCGCGAGUCCGGCAGCGGCCGCCUCACCCUGGCCGAGAUCAACGACUACCUGAUGAACAAGUUCCCCUUUUUCCGCGGCACCUACACCGGCUGGAGGAACUCGGUGCGCCACAACCUGUCCCUCAACGACUGCUUCCUCAAAGUGCUGCGCGACCCGUCCAGACCUUGGGGCAAGGACAACUACUGGAUGCUCAAUCCCCACAGCGAGUACACGUUCGCCGACGGGGUGUUCCGCCGCAGGCGGAAGCGCCUCGCCAAGAAGGCCCCCAAGGACCGGGAGCUCGCCGACGUCACGGCGGAGGACGCCCACCUCCGUCCCGCCCCCGAGGAGAGUGCGGCGGCCAAGUUCUGCAGCCCCUUCGCCAUCGACAGCAUCCUGGGCAAGCCCUUCAAACGCGGGGAAGGCGACUGCGUGAGGGCGCGCGCGCACGGGCUCUUCUGGCCCCCGGGGCCCCACGUGCAGCUGCCCUACGCUCUGAACUUGCCGGGGCAUCGCGGCUACCCGGCCGAAGCAGCCGGAGGGGACCGGUUCAGCCUGCACCUGCCGCACAGAGCCCGACCCGAGGCCGCCCCCCGCGCGCUCCAGACGCCCCCGAAGGCGACGAGCUUUCACAUAGACUUUCUGCUCUCGUAAGGAGGACUCGCGAGCACUUUGGCGUGCAUGGGCGAGCUCGCUUCGGGUCGCUCCCCCCGAAUGAGACCAUCGCGUCGGCGCGACCAUCAUCAUUUUGCAAUCGCAAACAAAACAAAACCAAACACAACAAAACAAAACGCGCGUUGCUUGUCGUCGUACGCGAGGUUAUGCCAGGACAUUUUACUGUCUUGCGAGCGCGCGUGUGUAUGUAUAUAUCUAUCUAUCUAUCUUUUUUUCUAUCUGUCCGUGUUGCGGGGAGAAGUUUUUUUGUUGUUUCUGCUGCGCGUGCGACGCUGACCGCCCAAACAGAAAACAAUUCAUGCAUCUUUUUCUCCGUGCGUACAACUGCUGCGUCGGGUGGGCUCCCAAAACGUUGUCAACAUCCAUGGAAUCAAUGACUGAGAUGCACUUAGAAAUCCUUUUUGCAUGCCUGCUAUGUUCAUGAAUAAAAAAAACGUGAAACAAUGACA